AUGGCAUCGGCCGCCGAACACGACCUGGCUCUCUCCGAGGCCGACAACAGCAAGGAUAAAUCUCAGGUGUUCGGGAUAUUAAGGUUACAGGAGGAGAAAUCCAACGUAGGGGAAAAACCUGUCCCCUCCGUGAGGGGGGGCGGAUGUGGAGGUGGGAGUGGAGGUGGAGGAGAUGGACGAUGGCAGGCUCCCAUCUUCGCGUUAGCCAGGAAAGCCUCCGAAACCAUUUCAGGGAGCAUUCAUGUCCUACCUAAAGUGUCGGAGAACCGAGCAUCCAUGUCUGGUGACUGGAACGUUCAAGCUCUGCGGGAUCCCAUGUCCAUGGAGCGAGCCAACUUGCUCAACAUGGCGAAACUGAGUAUUAAAGGUUUAAUUGAGUCUGCGCUGAGCUUUGGAAGAACGUUGGACUCAGAUUACCCACCUCUGCAGCAGUUCUUCGUUGUCAUGGAGCACUGCCUCAAACAUGGUUUGCGAGUGAAAAAGUCGUUUCUGGGAUUCAAUAAGUCACUUUGGGGUCCUCUGGAGUUGGUGGAAAAAUUGUGUCCAGAAGCGGGAGAGAUUUCAGCCUCUGUACGAGAUCUACCGGGACUCAAAACUCCUUUAGGUCGGGCCAGGGCGUGGUUGCGACUGGCCCUCAUGCAGAAGCGGCUGGCCGACUAUCUGCGACUGCUUAUUACAAGAAAAGACCUACUAAGUGAUUUCUACGAGAAUUCCGCACUGAUGCUGGAGGAAGAAGGUGCCGUGAUCGUUGGCCUGCUGGUCGGCCUGAACGUCAUUGACGCCAACCUGUGUGUCAAAGGUGAAGACCUGGACUCUCAGGUCGGGGUGAUUGACUUCUCCAUGUAUUUAAAGAACGACAUUGAUGAUUACAGGAGCGAAGAGAGGAACAGUCAGAUCGCCUCCAUCUUGGAUCAGAAAAACUAUGUGGAAGAGCUUAAUCGGCAACUGAAUUCUACUGUUCAUGGACUUCAGGGCAGAGUGGACUCUCUGGAAAAGUCCAACUCAAAACUUGUUGAGGAAUUAGCUAUAGCCAAAAACAACAUCAUCAAACUGCAGGAGGAAAACCAGCAACUAAGGAGUGAAAACAGUCUCAUUCUUCUCAAGGCACAACAGCAUUUAGAGGUGUCUCAAGGUGAUGUGUCAAUGGAGCGAGACACGUACAAACAGUCUCGUCAAGGUUUGGAUGAGAUGUACAAUGAGGCGCAAAGACAGUUGAAGGAGGAGUGUCAGCUCAGACAGGAUGUGGAGAAUGAACUUGUAGUUCAGGUGUCAAUGAAGCAGGAAAUGGAGCUGGCCAUGAAACUUCUCGAGAAAGAUAUUCAUGAAAAACAGGACACGCUGAUUGGUCUCAGACAUCAACUGGAUGAAGUCAAAGCCAUCAAUGUCGAGAUGUACCAGAAGAUGCAGUCAUCUGAUGACGAGAUGAAGAAGAAAAACAACAUGAUCAGUCGUCUCGAGGAGAAAACCAAUCAGAUCACUGCCACCAUGAAGCAGCUGGAGCAGAGAUUACAGGAGGCCGAGAGCCACCGUACCACGGCAGAGGAGGGCACCAGGCGCUUCAAGAUGGACUUUGCCAACAAGGCCGACAGCCUGCAGCGGCAGAUCGACCUCAGAGAAAAACAACUGCUGCAGCUAGAGACCGACCUGAAGAUCGAGCGGGAAUGGAGGCAAACGCUGCAGAACGAUCUGCACCGAGAGAGAGAAACGGUGGCUCAGCUCAGGACACAGGCGCUGCAAAUCAACGGGCUCAAGAUGGAGUUCCAUCGCCUACAAGAUGAGAACUUCCAGCUGAAGAGCAUCUGUGAAGACCAAGAACAAGCUCUAGAGGAGCUAGGCUCAAAACUUAGCGAAUCCAAAAUGAAGAUUGAGGACAUAAAAGAAGCCAACAAAGCUCUUCAGGGUGGGCAGGUGUGGUUAAAAGAUAAGGAAGCCAGCCACUGCAAGCUGUGUGAUAAGGAGUUCUCCAUCUCAAGGCGCAAACAUCACUGCAGGAAUUGCGGCGAGAUCUUCUGCAACAGCUGCUCCGACAAUGAACUUCCCCUCCCCGCGUCGCCUAAACCAGUGCGAGUGUGUGACACCUGCCACGCCCUCCUCCUGCAAAGAUGCUCAUCUAAUCCCACCUGA